AUGUCGGACACUGUGAAGGCAGAGGUCGACCAGACAUACCUGGAGAAUCCAGGCAAAGAGGGCGUCGAGAACAACCGCUUGGCUCCUGCCCAGCUGAUGAGCCCCGAUGAGUUCGCUGCUGUUGAGAAAAGAUUGAAGCGGAAGCUGGACAUACGCUUGAUGCUGUCCAUCUGGGUCAUCUUCGUUAUGAACUACCUGGACCGGAACAAUAUCUCUGCCGCAAAGGUAGCCGGCAUCCAAGACUCGUUGAACCUCAGCAGCACGCAGUAUGCCACCGCAGUGGCUCUCUUGUUCGCCGGCUACGUGUUGAUGCAGAUUCCAUCCAACGUCUUCCUCGCCCACCUUCGUCCUUCGAUCUACAUCCCGACAGUAAUGGCUGUUUGGGGUAUCCUCUCUGCGCUUGUAGGAGCAGCUCAUAAUGCUGGAGGCCUCUACGCGCUCCGCUUCCUGCUUGGCUUUGUCGAAGCUGCAUUUUACCCUGGUGCAUUGUUCCUCAUCUCAUCCUGGUACAAACGGUCUGAGAUGGGAGUGCGCAGUGCCUUUCUGUUCUCAGGAUCCCAGCUGGGAAGCGCCUUCUCCGGUCUCAUUGGUGCUGGUAUCACUGGUGGCUUAGAUGGUGCACGAGGCCUGGAGUCAUGGAGGUGGAUCUUUAUUAUUGAAGGCUCGGCAACGGUUUUAAUAGCAAUCUUUGCAUUGUUCAUCCUCCCCAACUACCCAUCGAACACAUCCUGGCUGAGUCCAGAAGAACGUGCGGUGGCCGAAUGGCGCUUGAUCUCGGACGCUGGCCAAGUCGACGAGGAUAAUGAGGAUUGGAGCUAUGGCUUUAAGAUGGCGUUCAAGGACUGGCGUCUCUACGUCUUUGCUCUGACCUUCCUCUGUAUUCAGGUUGCAAGUGCCACGUCCAACUUCUUUCCCACUGUUGUCAAGACCCUUGGAUUCAACACCGUCAACACGCUUCUUCUGACUGUUCCCCCAUACAUGCUUGGUCUUGUCGUUUCGAUUGCCAACAACUGGUCGGCCGAUCGUUUCCAGAACUCUUCGUUCCAUGCCAUAGGGCCCAUGGUAGCCGCCAUCAUUGGCUUUGUCGUCGCUGCUGCCACGCUCAACACCGGAGCACGCUACUUUGCAAUGGUUCUUAUGGUAGCUGGUGGUCAUGGUUCAAAUGCAGUCGUCUUGGCCUGGACGCAGAAGACCAUGCUCCGGCCAAGGAUUAAGCGUGCUUCUGCUGUGGCGUUCGUCAACGCGUUUGGCAAUCUUGCUCAGAUCUUCUCAUCCUACUUCUACCCCGACAGCUCGGCUCCCCGUUACGUGAUCGCGAUGGCUGCGAACUCGGCCUUUUCGCUGGCUGUCAUCGUUCUUGCUCUUUGCAUGCGCUUCAUUCUCCUUCGUGCUAACAAGCGUCUCGAACGGGGAGAGACCACUGUGUCGGAGGAGAUGAGGGGCCAGAGUCAGAUGGAAAUUGCCGGUCUCUCCGAGGAGGAACGUGUCGCUCGCAGAGAGGGUUUCCGGUACAUUGCGUAG